UAGUUUGAUCCGGAAGCCGCGGCGACGGCAGAAGCGACCACCGGGGGCCUUAGUGGGUGGGCGCGUCGGGCCAUCAAGCGAAGGAGCGCGACCCGGAAGCGGAAGCGGGGCCCCUCGUCAGCUGUGCACACCCACACACCUGCCUCAGGCUUGCCGGGAGGCACCCACCACAAUGGAUCUGUUGUUUGGGCGCCGGAAAACGCCAGAAGAGUUGCUUCGGCAGAACCAGAGGGCCCUGAACCGUGCUAUGCGGGAGCUGGACCGUGAGCGGCAGAAGCUCGAGACCCAGGAAAAGAAGAUCAUUGCAGACAUCAAGAAGAUGGCCAAGCAGGGCCAGAUGGAUGCCGUGCGCAUCAUGGCCAAAGACCUCGUGCGCACCCGGCGUUAUGUGCGCAAGUUUGUGCUGAUGCGAGCCAACAUCCAAGCCGUGUCCCUCAAGAUCCAGACACUCAAAUCCAACAAUUCCAUGGCACAGGCCAUGAAGGGUGUGACCAAGGCCAUGGGCACCAUGAACAGACAGCUGAAAUUGCCCCAGAUCCAGAAGAUCAUGAUGGAGUUUGAACGACAGGCAGAGAUCAUGGACAUGAAGGAGGAAAUGAUGAAUGAUGCUAUUGAUGAUGCCAUGGGUGACGAGGAAGAUGAGGAAGAAAGUGAUGCCGUUGUAUCUCAAGUCCUGGAUGAGCUGGGACUGAGCCUGACCGAUGAGCUGUCAAACCUCCCCUCCACUGGAGGUUCGCUCAGUGUGGCUGCUGGUGGAAAGAAAGCAGAGGCCACAGCCUCUGCCCUGGCUGAUGCAGAUGCAGAUCUGGAAGAGAGGCUCAAGAACCUGCGGAGGGACUGAUCUGCCAACCACUGAUGCCAUGGGACCGGGAAAAAUGGAUGCCCAGGGCCUUGGCCAUGGUCUGUUUAAUAAAGAUUGGACACUA